UCGCAGAUGACCGGGGAUUACUUUGUACAAAUUCAUCUACAUUGGUGUUAAAUUAUCCGCCCAGCUGGCCAAAUCGAGGACCCUUGUUGCGGGUAAUGAAUGCAUGGACAUUUGAACUGAUGCCAACUUUCCCAGAACGCUUAAAUAUCUGGGGUUUGCCACGCGCACGCCGACUUAAGACGGAAGGACUUUUGGACGAUUUCGGGGUUCAUCUGAAAACCUGAUCAGGAUCCUCAUCGUCUUCGUUAUCAUCAUCGAGGGAGCUGGACUCGGGACUUUUUCUUUAUUCUCACCCUCAUUCUCAGCUGUGAGCAGGCGUGAGCUGCACUGCUUCCAACGGUGAUGUCUCGCUCGCGCUGCCGACGUCCUCAGCCGCAUCGGAUCUCGACGCCAUGAGCAACUCCAUCUCGAGUGGGACCCCUCAAGGUGCCGCUCACCACCGCUUCCGUCUCCCGCCGUCUCAACCCCAGCUCAUCUCCAAGAUCCCCAAGAUCCUGCCGCAUGAGCGCGUGUUUCCUAUUCAGAUAGGAUCGGAACUAUUUAAGCUUUCGGGAGCGUCUAUCUCAUCUGAUGCCCCCUCAUACUUCUCACAAUACUUCCUCUGCCAGAUUAAGCGCGCCGAGCAAAGCGGCGAGGAUCUCUCAACCGCCAUCCGGACGCUCUACCUAGAUCGCGAUCCGGACACGUUCAAAGACAUCAGCCUCCAUCUGCAGGGCUACCAUGUGCAACCACGCGACGGCAAGCAUUUUGUGCGGCUCUUCGCCGACGCGCAGUUCUACACGCUGCCGAAGCUGAUGUCCCAGCUCUAUGAAGAGUCCAUUUUCAUGUCCAUCGGCCACCGCGAAUUCCAAAUACCGCGCGAUUUGUUUUCCACGCCUGGCAAUAGCCCCAAUUUCUUUUCACUAGGCUUUGCCAUCUUCUUCUCUUCUCCCGACGAAGUCUUCCCGGGCCUCGAACGCGAUAGCCUUAUCCGGCCGCCCUCGAUUUUGCCCCCGUCGGUACCCAAUCGGUCCGCGGAUAUCUUUGCGGAGCUUCUGCAUCUGCUGCGUGGAUACCCCGUACAUAUCCGCGAUGACGAGCACCGCCAGAGUCUGCUCCGCGACUGCCGCUACUUCAACUUCAAAGGCCUGGAGCAGAAGCUGGUCCCGCACCACAUCAGUUACAACCAGCUCCGCCAGCGCCACGAGAUCGUGCUGCGACUGGAGGAUAUCCUGAAGUCGGGCAUCACAGUCCUUGGCGAUAGCUCAGGCGACCGGUGGUCUGGGUGGGUCAACUACGCGAGACCAUUCGAGGACAAUCAGGCAUAUGAGCUCGUCCUCGAAGUCGGGGGCGAAAACACGAAGUUGCAUUUCAGCUUGAUGCGCGCUGAGUUCUUCGGGCAGGUCAAGGCACGCGUUGCCAAGCUGUUCGAAGUCAUCGCCACGAAACUAAAUUUGCCUUCUACCAACCAGCCCCUGGGUCUUCUGAUGGCAACGGGCGGAGCGAGCAGCCAGCCCCCAACACCGGGCAAUUCUUCGCUCAGCGAGGACCUUGUUCGCAUAGUCAUCGAACCCGAGACGCAUAUUAUCUUGGACGGCAAGCCGUAUACCAACCAUAUCGAACCCGAGGAGGCCCCCCCAUUGUUCUCGACCACUUCGUCAACGGGCAACGGCGGCGGCCAAGACUCGCCUAGCUCCAGCGUAGGCAGCUUCGGCCCGUCCAGGAAGAAGAGGCGGAUCGACUCCGCAGCGACUGGUCACUCGCACGAGGAGUGGAUCGUGCGUAAAGGCCAGUGGAGGCUCAGGAUACAGAGUUCUAAAGGCGGCAAGAGUGCCGUGGAGUGCGUCCUGGUUGCUGUGAAACUCGAUGCACAUAGUACGGAGUAUGCGAGGAAUGCAGAUCGUGGGUUUUUGAAUGGAUGAUUGAGGGAUGAGAUUUACAUAUAUGACAAGAGAGGUGCAUAUAUAUGUAUGUCACGAGUUAUUGAGUGAUGGAUGGAAGUCAUGAGGCAAUGGCAUUAGCCGUACUCAGGAACAUCUACGGCGUUGGCAGUAAGAGAAGUGUACAUUUUUGAGGGUAGAUUCAUGUUCCAUAUUUGAAUUAUAAUGUCGGGAUGCAUCUGUACCGCCGUUGGUCUCACUCAUGUCAAACGGUGUUUUGAUUUGAAGAUUCCUAUGCUAAAGGGGUGAAGAAUG